GUUUUCGCAUUCAAUGGCAGCGCCCAUGAGUUACCAACAUUCGAAUACACGUUUGGGAAAAUACACUGCUGUGACCUAGUCGUAUACACAUUGAUCGGCUGACACACACGGUUUACUGGGAUAACAUAAGGAAUAACGUGAUCACUAAAGGACGCAUUGGCACGCAGUACUUGUGUCGUAAACAUGCUGAGGGGGACAAUGUUUGUCACCACAGUGGUGGGCGUGGUCAGUGUGCUGUACGCGUACGGGUACCUGACUCCAUACACUCGCAUGCUGAUGCGACAUGUACCAGACAAUGUGAAAUCUUUCAUGGAACGCUACAUCGAUAUCUCUGACCACACAGCAGACGUGAAGUCAACAUCAGGCCGAAUUUUCACCAAGGACGAGUUGUGGAAAUACCGUGGGGAGGGGGACAGUGCCGUCUACCUAGCAGUAUUGGGCCAGGUGUUUGACGUCACUAAGGGCCGGAAACACUACGGCCCGGGGGGAGGAUACGAAUUCUUUUCAGGGCGGGACGGGACGCGAGCCUAUGUGUCCGGGGACUUUACAGAAGCCGGGUUAAUAGACGAUAUUACGGGACUAUCCCUUACAGACAUCCGGGGCCUGGACGACUGGAUCAAGUUUUACAAGAAAGAUUACAUCUAUGUCGGUAAAGUUGUGGGUAACUUUUACAACGCAGAGGGCACAGCAACGGAAGCGUAUCGCGAGUACGAGAAACAACUAGCCACCGCCGAAAAGGAAAAGGUCUUAACAGCGGCAGAUUAUAGACGUUUCCCGCCAUGCAACUCGGAGUCUGCGCAAGGGAAGGGGAGACGACUCUGGUGUUCAAAUCUUAGUGGCGGUAUACAGAGAGACUGGACAGGGCUGCCUAGAGAGUACUACAGACCUGGCACAACAAAACCGCGCUGCGCAUGUGUGAAGGACGUUGGACCUCCUUCUGAAACCCCCAAUGUUCCUUCAGCUGAUCACAGAAACGUCGGAGAUCUGGACAAUCCGAACAUGAAAGUGUAUCCGGGAUGUGAGCCCAAGUCCGUCUCUUGUUCAUUUAAUGAUUUUUAACGAAUACUGCAUUUUUUUGUACUAUGGAACGCAAAUGUACCAUAUAUUCAAAUAACUGCACUGGUCUUUAAAUGAUUAAAGAUAAAUAGUAAAUUACAAGAUAGCCUUUUCAUGCCGUCAGAAAAUCAGAAAAAAACUAUAGCAAGAGUUUGCAUUAAACAAUAAAUAUAUUUAAACUUUUGGGGUGUUAACAUUCUAUGUUGUAAGUAGAACAUUUUGUUAGUAGUUUCACAUAUUCGAAUUUGAUACAUUAUUAUUGAACAAGUACCAACUCGAACCUGUUGCUUUAUCUGGUUCUUGUCAUAGACGACUUUACAAAUAUUGUACCUGUCGCUGAUUAAGUAAAUAAGGUACGUUUAAAUUAAACAUGUGUUCAACUGGAUUGAACAUAUCUUCAGAUAAAUUGAGAUAUCUUUAAAUUGAAUUGAACCUAAUCUUAAAUUGACCUUGUCUAAAUUAACCUUUCAACAAUCAAAUUGAACCUAUGAUUAUAAAAUAUUUGUGCAAUUAUUUGAAUAUAUGUUAAUUUGUUGUUCCGAUAUUGAUCUCUGAAUAAUUUAUUACCUUUUUUAAAACAAUAAAUACUAUAUAUUUUUGCAAAA